ACCUGCGACAAAUUGAACAUCCUCAAUAUUUUCCCAAUAAAAUUGUAUACAUUUUAAGACUAAGUAUUGCAGUGUUGGUAUUUUGGUAAAAUAAGGAUAUUUUAAACGCUGUGUGACGUGCGGGUCGUAACCUUCCUCGCGAGGCAGCUCCGAAAUGUAGCAUGUUUUUUCAGCCUCAGGUUCUUCCGGGAUACUCGUAUACUUCAGUUGCUCUCUAAGUAUCUGUGGCUUUUAGCUUUUUAGUGCACAUGGUUCUCGUGCUGAAACAAAUCACGUCCGCCAUUAAAGUUUGGCCCUUGAAUAUCUGAACAGUUAGCUUGACGCUAACACAUUUCGUGCGCAGAAUGAACACAGCUAGCAGUGGCAUCGUGGACAUGUUUGAAAAGGGGAAAGUGCUGAAGAUUUGUGCCCCUAUGGUUCGGUAUUCAAAGUUGGCGUUCAGGACGUUAGUGCGUAAGUACAGCUGUGAUGUCUGCUUCACCCCAAUGAUAGUAGCAUCCGACUUCAUGAGAUCUGUCAAAGCCAGAGAUAGCGAGUUUACUACCAAUGAACGUGAUCGCCCCCUGAUAGUGCAGUUUGCUGCCCAUGAUGCCCAGACCCUGGUUGAUGCAGCAUGUGUGGUGGCACCUUUCUCAGAUGGAGUUGACCUCAACUGUGGCUGUCCUCAGAGGUGGGCUAUGUCAGCUGGGUAUGGAGCAUGCCUGAUGAAUAAGCCUGAACUUGUUAAAGACAUGGUGAGACAAAUCAGAAACCAAGUGGAUAAACCAAACUACACAACCUCCAUCAAGAUAAGGAUUCACAAAGACUUGAGGAAAACAGUGGAUCUGUGUCAGAAGGCUGAAUCUGCUGGGGUGUCCUGGAUAACGGUCCACGGUCGUACAACAGACGAACGCCACCAGCCGGUUCAUUAUGACGCUAUAAAGACAAUCAAAGACAGCAUGUCUGUUCCUGUCAUUGCCAAUGGGGACAUUAAGUACCUUUGUGACGUGGAGUCUACUCAUCAGCUUACUGGUGUUGACGGUAUAGGGGAAAGGAAGAUGACUUUGCAGUGGGCAGCUGUAGCUCUUUUCCUCUAUGUGGAGAUUGGUGUCAUCGUCAUCCUCUGCUUGCCCUUUAUCUCAGCCAGAAGAUGGCAGAUUAUUUUCCAGCUGCGUAUCUGGAGCUGGAUGGCGAGGUUCUGGAACAAAGUCUUUCUCACCAUGAUCGUCGUACUUGUUGUUCUCUUCCUUGAUGCUGUGCGUGAGGUGAGGAAGUACUCCAAUAAAGAAGUCACCCCGGAUGCGAAGCUGCAGCCAAAUAUAUUUGACCACCUACACAUGAAGCUUUUCAGGGCUCAAAGGAACCUCUACAUCUCUGGUUUUUCUGUCUUCCUCUGGCUGGUUAUGAAGCGAAUGGUCACUUUAAUUAACCAGCUGGCAUCUGCCUGUGGGACUACAGCUGCUCUCCAAAUGCAGGCUGAGAAUGCAAACAAAACAGCUGAGAAUUACAUGAAGGACAAUGAGCAGCUGAAGCAGACUCUGAUGGCUGGGAAGGGUGAUAAGGCAACAGCAGAGGGCAUGGAGUUGUUAAGACAAGAAGCAGGGAGACUGAAAGAGGAGCUGAGGACCUCUAAAGAGGGUCUAAAGAAAUCUCAAUUAGAGGCUGAUGGGAUGAAGAAGCAGAUGGAGGGCCUUGCCAGGGAGUAUGACAGGCUGCUCAAGGAGCACCAGGAGCUCCAGAAUCAUCAAGAUGGUGGACAUAAAAAGGACGACUAGCGAAGAGGAGGAGAGUUUUCUACAUCACAGAGGGAGAGAGAGCCAUUGCAGCACCUUCAUGUAAAACCUCGGGUCAUACUUUAUGUUCCAGAAGCAGAUCUGGAUCCUCUAAGCAGGCUUUAGGCUGCUGAUUGGAAUGUUUUAAAUCGGGUGAUUUUUCUUUCUGAGCGCUACACACGAGCAUUUGUUCAUAGUUAUGUAAAUUCAGAUGGCUGGGUGUUAAGCUCAAGAAAAAUUUUGCUUCAGUCAAUGGUUAUAAAAAUACAUUUAGGUCAAAGUUAGUGAUAAUUACAGCUGCAGCUUUGGUUCAGACCUGUUUGUAAAUUCUGAGCCUGCAUGUGUUGCUGUGCAGAUGAAUUUCGCUUGUGGAUUCAAACUGAGACAAAUCACCAUCUGUUAUUUGACUUUUCCACAGUUUUGCAAAUUAAAUCAUUUUGCAUAAAUAUAAAGGAAACAUCUGUAAGGACGAGAAUUUCAGCAAUGCUAUUUCAAUGCUAUUUAUAGGGUUCCAUAGUCUUAUUUCAUGCACUAUGUUUCACACACACGUUUUACUUUAGUGUGUGUACACGACAGCAAUGUAUUAUUUUGUAUUUCCAUUUGCUCAUUUGAGUCGCAUCACUGUUGAGAGAAUGGUCAUAAUUAAAUGUUCAAAGGUUUCCCACUUUUACAUGUUGACGCUUUUAUUCAUUUUGUUUGUUUUCUACAAAAAGAUCAGAUUGAAGUGCCUUUUUAUGCCGUUCAUAGGAUAUUUCCUCCAAUAAAGAUUUGUUUGAUUA